AUGGCCGUGUUAGCAGUUAUGGGCUGCGUUCUUCAAACCCUCUCGCUCUUCCUGCUGACGAGGCCCUCGUUUCGACAAUUCGACCUUACUCCGUAUUUCCUUAGCGUGGUGCUUGGCAAUCUCAUGGUUAUAGUAGCUGAUCUGCCACCCCUUGUCGCGUCAGCGUGGUUUCAGAAACAGCUGGUCGGUAUCGCAUAUUGCCAGGUAUAAAAUAAUUAUCAGUUUUUCAAACUAAGAUAUAUAGUAUCAUGGUUCAUGGAACACUGCUGCUUUCGAACACAAUACCAGUAAAAGAUGCAAACUGGAUACUCGGUCUUGAUUCCGUUCUUUUUGGACCAUUGUUUGGUCGCCGGAAAGCUAGGGAUUACUGUUGAAAUUUUCCAUAACAUAAUGCCGACUCCACGUUUUGCAAAGACUGCCUUCCCAUGAAAAGAAGACGAUUGAGUUUUCGCGUUGAAGAAGGUUUUGUUUCACCCUGUCUCGUUUUUGUCUCUAAAAAAAGUGUGCGAAAUCUUCAAGAAAUUCUUAAAUUAAUUCGUGACCUAACUGGGCAGGAAUUUUAAAUAGAACCUUGCAUGUUGCACGUGCAUGUUGGUAGAUUAUUGGCCCAAUUGUUGGUUUUCAUAUGACGUAACUAAAAUUCAAACUACAAAACUAUCAAUCCUACCGAGAUUCUACUUUCACGAUGUUUUAGAGCAGCUGAAAGUAAUUUUCAUACAAAUUUUCGCUUCAAACGGGUUCUUGGUUUUGUGAUAGUAAGCUUUUGCGUGACGCGGCAUUUACAUGACGGCCAAGAGCGUUGUAUAUGUAGGUUAAAAAAAUGACUUAUUUUAGGGAGUUUUGCUAUUUAAACAGUUCAUGUAUUAGAAAAAGUAUUACUUUAACGUUUAUGAGUUUCUCGAAGAAUAAAUUCACGCUUUUUUAGCAAAACUCGGUAACAGAUGUUUCUGUUGGUUUCCGUCCGCCAUGUUGGUGCUCAUCCGGAUGGGCACCAGCAUGGCGUCUCCAUACAAAUCUCUAUAUAUUUGGGUAAAACAUUUCCUCGGAUAUCUCGUAUACGAAACAUUCCUCUGACCUGAAUCUUGGCGAGGGUCUUUGCAUAUUUACCUCCUUUCAUUUCCCAGAUUCUGGACUUUAUCUAUUGAACGGUUUUGAUUUUGAUUUUGAUCUGUUUUGAAUGGCGUGACACUGGAAACCAGCAAUACAGCAGAACUAGGUUUGUAAAGUGUGACAAUAUUAAAAAAACUUUUUUUUUAAGGUUGGUGGAUUCUUGACUGGAGUAUGGUGGAUCACUACAGGUGUUACUUUGGCCUUAGCAGUCCGUGCGGUCUACCUCAACAUGUGUGACGAGGCACUAGCCGGGACUCCAGACGAGCGGCCUCGGGAUAGCUGGCAGUAUGACAGUAUCAUAAAGAAGCUGACGGCCGUUUGGCUUUACGCCAUUGCGGUUAGUCUCCCACCAGUUUUUGGAUGGGGCUCAUUUGAGCCCGAAUCUGGUGGCAUCAUCUGUGCCCCAAACUGGAGAGAAAGCAGCAUCUCCGCACGAUCCUACUUAUCACUGCUGGUAUCUGCAGCAUUCCUCAUACCUUUGGGAUUUUCCAUUGCCUAUUUUUCUAAGAUGUACCGAACAUCGAGGCAAGAUCCGGAUGUAGAUGCGUUGGUGAAGAGGAACAUACCGAAAGAAAAGAAAACAGUCAUUUUGACAUCCAUCGGUAUCAUUGCUUUCUUUGGGGGAUGGAUGCCGUACUGUGUAUGCACGCUGUUAACGGUGUUUGGUGGUUCAGAGAUGCUUGGAGGGGAAAAGACGUUCAUUCCUGGGAUGUUUGCUAAGGCCAGCUACGUCUAUCUUCCAUUAAUUUGCAUUCUUCUAAGCAAACGGUGAGUAAUACAAAAUUUCUCUCUUUUUUGCUUUGAUUCCAGAGGAAACAUUCUUUGUGUUGUGAUUCCGAUUCGAGUUUGUUCUUUGGCUCAAAUUUUGUUAUUUUCUUUAUUUAAAGCUCAUAAUCGUGCAUUUAAAUAAUCCCAAAACAAAAGGAAAUAAAAUUUAACCAAUGCAGUUGAAAUGAACAUGACACAAAUCAUCGCAAGCUUCCACAUUUUAGUCUUUAUUCUUUAUUUACUGAUUCAACCAGAGAGCUUUUUAUUCAAGGAAAACAUUCAAUAAAUCUGUGAAAAAAUGCUCUAAUAAUUAUCAACUGUUCUUUUACUUCGUUUUCUAGUUUUCAAGCCGCAGGUGUGGAGAUUAUGCGCGCCCUCCUGUCCAGUAGGAACGAGGGUAGAAACGAGGGUAGGAACGAGGCUGAUGUGAAUAACAAUGCUUGGGGUCAGUUUGUUCUACUGCGUCAUCAACCCGAGGAGAUUAUGAGCCGAAUGAAAUGCAUGCGCUAUCCACGCCCCAAAAACAAUAAUGACCGACUUUUGUCAUUAACUACGCAUGCGUUUGAGCCAGCUAAAGAUGAUAACCAAAUGGAGACUUCAGUGUAA